AUCUAGUCUCGCUUCACCAUCUGGUAUUCGUAAACCAAAAUAUAAUAACAUUGUUGUCGAAAUUAACGAAUAUUCUCAGCAGUUAAAAAAACGUGGCUGACGCGAAUGUCGCGGUCAAAAACUCAUUGCGUGUAAAAUUUCAACUUAACGAAUAUUAAAAUACCGUCAGAAAUGAAGUUAACUACUAUGGAACGUUCGUCGAAAAUGAUUGUAAAAGAUGAAAACGGUUUUAAUUACGCGAUACAAAUAACUCGCAUCAUUCUGCGAAUGCUCGGUCUAUGGCCGAUUUCAAGUUUAGCGUCGAACGCAGAAAGAAUCGCGAUCCGCUUGCAGAACAUUGUUUGCUACAUUUUACUAGCGUUUUUCCUCGUGCCGGUCCUUUUAUUAAUAUUCUUAAAGGAAAACGACUUCAAACGAAAGGUCAAAUUAUUAGGACCACUUUUCAACACCAGUAUGGCUGUCAUGAAGUACAGUCUAUUGAUUUAUUACGCGCAAGAAAUCGAAUCAUGCUUGGAACAGGCACGGCAGGACUGGCAGAGCACGAUCAAUUGGAAUAAUCGAAAAAUAAUGCUGUCUAAGGCUAAAACGGGCCGAGAGUUUGCGUUUUUUGCCGCCGCCUUCAUUUACGUCGGCGGGCUGUCUUAUCGUGUCAUUGUACCACUCUCGAAAGGGCGAAUAUUAACGCCAAUGAAUACUACGAUAAGAGCUCUCGCGGUUCCUUGCUACUUUGUCAAAUUCGACGAGCAGGAAUCGCCGGCAUAUGAGAUCGUUUUUUUUCUGCAAUUCCUCGCCGGAUUUGUCACCUAUUCGUUGGUGUGUGGUCCGGCCGGGUUAGCGGCAUUCUUCAUCAUGCACGUUUGCGGUCAGCUGAAUAUUUUGAUUGACAAACUACAGGGCCUCAAUGACCUCACGAAGCCUAAAGAUCGAGUUGUCGCGACUUUGCUAGCUGACAUUGUGGAACAUCAUAUAAGAGUGAGAAUAUUCUUGGAACAAGUGGAGAAAGCUAUGCGAUUCAUAUGGUUAGUGGAAUUAGUAGGCUCUACUGUACUCUUAUGUUUCGCAGGAUAUUAUAUUAUUAUGGAGUGGGAAAGUAGCGAUACUACAGGCAUCCUAACUUCUUUUAUGAUGCUCACAUCUUUCAUUAUUUCCAUUUUUAUUAAUUGUUAUGUUGGUCAACUUUUGACAGAUCAGAGCAACAAAGUUGGAUUGACAACAUCUACAAUGAAUUGGUAUCUUCUUCCGCAUAAAAAGGCCCGUAGUUUAAUCCUAAUAAUGUCAGUUUCCAAUAUUCCAGCAAAAAUCUCCGCAGGCAGUAUGAUAGAAAUGUCGCUACCUACAUUCAGUAACAUUAUCAAAACAUCACUGGCGUACUUUAAUCUUCUCCGAAAAUUUAUCACAUAGUUUCACAUCUUCAAGAAACCUCCUAUAACUUAGAUAUCAUAAUGAUAUAUAAUACUUAAAUAUUUUAUCUGUAGUUGUUAUCUUUGACACAAAUGAACAAGGUUUGCACCAACUAACAUAUUUCUUUUUCUUCUAAUUCUAU